UGGUGAUGUUACACCUAAAGGAAAGGUAAGGAAGACACACAAAUGAUCUGAUCUUCAGAGAUGUUGAGCACGCACCACAAUCAUUGAAUUGAGUGGGAUUAUUUGUGUGAGUAACUUUUGGCCAGAAAGGAAGCUAGUGUGCUGAAUUGGAAGUUGACAUAGGAGCGGGAGGCCAGGAGAGAACCCUCUUCUGUUUGUGAAAAUAGUAAGUUCUUGGAUGAAAGGGUUGGUUUGGUGUCUGUAUGUAAGACUCUGUGUGUGUGUGUGUAUUUAUGUAUACACAUACACACCCAUUUCCUCCUUUGUUAAUUAUAUUAGAUACACUGCCAAGUUUAGAGCAGAAUUGAAACCUAUUCUCUCUGUACAACCUCUUUUGAAUGCAGCUGAAAAACAAGGAAUUUUAUCUGAAGAAAUACUGCAGCCUUACUGAUGCUUUCUCUCCUCCAAACCUGCUUGCUGCAGUUUUAAUGCUUCGUCAUUUCUCUCACCCUUUUAAACAAUGCAGUUUUUCACCAAGGCUAUGCUUUUCCUGUUACGUUGCGGGUAAAAAUUUCCAAAACUUUCCUAUAACUUUGGAGCUUACACCCCAUUUUCAAAUGUGACUUUAAAUGAUGUAGGAGCAGAAGUCGCUUCUUAAAAUGGGAAGUAAGUUCCAAAGUCGCUUACAUGCUUUUGGAUACUUUUACCCUUCCUCUACUGGACAAUAGCUUUUAAAAUUAGCUGCUGCUGUCUGAUAGGACUUUGCUGUGGAAGAUUUUAUAGGGGCUUGGUAACAAUUCCUGAAUCUACAGGGUGUAAACCAUAUUCCUUGAAAGCAUAGCAAAAACAUACUGCUGAUUAGCAGGUCUUCAAUUUCAUGCGGUACCAGAUGUAGUAUAAAUAUUAAGAUAUUCGUUUUGCUGGGGAUUAACUGAAGCACUGGCUCUAUCACUAGGUAAAUACUAACUCCUAUUCAGGAGUGACUUAAAAAACAAUGGGCAUUGACUGCACAACGUACAGUUCAGUGGAAAAUAACUUACAUGUGUAUGGAGUGGGUGUAAAAUGUGACCACGGUGUCAGAGCAGAGAAUUCUGACUUGCACCCCAAAUGUACUUUUAAAAACUGGAACUGUUAAUUGACAGGUUGUUACGUUCUCGGUUAGUGGGAUGGAGGUUUUGUGGGUAUGUUUUACCAGUUUCUGAACUCUGUACCCAAAUUCUAUUCUAUCGGUUGUUCACAUCUCUAUCUCCUCACUUUUCAUAGCAUUCUCUUGAUAUAUUUUUUUAAUUCCAUCUUGGGACUGUUUAAAAUAAUUGCUAAUGGGUGAGCAAUUUUGCUGGAGAAAAAGCAUAAAUAUGGCCACAUCAUUUCUGAGAUAAAACUCUGUCAGCUGCAUUCAAAAGAGAAGUUGCAUAGAAAGAAUAGCUUUUAGUUCAGCCCUGAACUUGGCAAGUGUCUCUUAAAAUAUAUAUACCUAUUCCUCCCCCCCUUCCUAGUCAUAUUAUAUGCGCAUGUACAUGCAAGGUCCAUUCUGUAUUUAAAUAUGAACUAAUGGCUCAUUUAGAGCUUUACAUAAGCUACACAACACUCUGUCCUCCGAUUCUAUGCCCCAGUGCAGCAUACGUUUGCCUUUAGUGCUGGUACUGGUACACAGAGUCCAGGAUUCAAGGGGAUGAUGGUGUGGUAGGCAUUGCAGAUAGUGAAGAGGCAUGUUGGCUGUGAUUUGAGGUUAUAGCAUUGUAUCCUGGCCUGUGAUACAGCCAGGCCACACUUGGAAAAGGAGGACCAGAUCUUAUGUGUGAAUGUGUUUUAUUAUGGUGUCUACUCUAGACAGAAAGAAGCCUCAUAUGGAUCCUUCUGCUGUCUAUGAUUUGCUGGUGGCUGGUGUCCAGGCCUGGGACCUGACUGGUGAUGUUCCUUGUGAGCUGCUGCUCAUCGGAGAGACCGCCUUCCCAGUGCUGGUGAACCCUCAGGGGCAGGUCCUGAUCGCUGCCUCACAGUAUGGGAAGGGCUGGAUAGUGCUGGUAGCUCACAAGGGAUACCUGGGGAAGACCAAGAUGGCUCAGUUCCUUCAAAAUGCUGUCAGCUGGCUCAGUAUCUCCCCCCAAGCAGUGGUGGGGGUCCACAACAACUUGAGCUCUCUCAUGGAGAUUCUCCGUAGGUCUGGCACUAGAAUGCAGCCCUGCUCUGCAGUCACUUCCUCGCUCGGCAUUUAUUGUACAGAUGGCUAUGAUGAUACACAGAUGAGGGACCUGAUCCAGUUUGUAAAGAAAGGUGGGAGGUCGCUCACUGGGGGUCAGGCUUGGCCUUGGGCCUAUGAGCACAGCCCAGAGAGAGCGCUGUUUGAUUUCCCUGACCGUGUCACCCGUGCAGCUGGCAUGUACUUCACAGCCAGAUAUGCUGAGACAGGGAUCUUUGACGUCUCAGGAACAGUGUCAGUGAUUCCUUUGAUCACUCCAUGAGUAUCAGAACCAUUCUACACAUGUUUAAAGGUAUCACUAAAAGUACUGUAAAAUAUUAUGUAGCCUCUCCAUAAUGAAGGUAUCAGUCUGCUUCCAUUGUAAAGCUCUUUGUUAACAUCCUUAUAACUUCAAGAUGGAAAAUCUGUUUGGCCUGAAAAAUACUGUACAGUCUCUGAAAGCAAAUAAAUUUUUUUUAAAAA